AUGGAUAAAUCCAAGCGACUCUAUUUUAAAUCCAAGCGAUCUUUUCGUAGGCGUUUGCCCCCGAUUGGCUCGGGGGAUCGAAUUGAUUAUAGAAACAUGAGUUUAAUUAGUCGAUUUAUUAGUGAACAAGGAAAGAUAUUAUCUAGACGGGUGAAUAGAUUAAACUUAAAACAACAACGAUUAAUUACUAUUGCUAUAAAGCAAGCUCGUAUUUUAUCUUUGUUACCUUUUCUUAAUAAUGAGAAACAAUUUGAAAGGGGUGAGUCGACCACCAGAACUACUGGUCUUAGAAUCAAAAAGAAAUAG